AUUCAUCUCAUGUACACCUUUCUUUUUCGAAAUCAGAUCGUCCGCUGAGAUAAUCAAGCACGGACCACAUAACUACUAACUAUCCGGAGAACGAAAAGAUCCCCGCGGCGGGACGUCUGUAGACCCCUCUAUGACUCCAUAGCCUUUUCAAAGUGAGCGACGGCUCUGGAACGAAAAAAGAGAGAGAAAAACACUGGAAAGACAAAAAUGCCUCCCAGUCUGUGCUUCCGCUGCAAGGAAGCCAGAGCAGUUAUUAUCAGACCGAAGAACCGCCACAAGCUUUGCAGAUCCUGCUUUUUGCACGUCUUCGAGACCGAGAUCCACGAAACGAUCAGUUCGACUUCCCUAUUCCAGCGUGGUGAGCGCAUCGCUAUCGGCGCUAGUGGUGGGAAAGACAGUACUGUGCUUGCGUCGGUCCUGAAGACACUGAAUGAACGCUACGACUAUGGCCUCGACUUAGUUCUGCUGUCUAUCGACGAGGGCAUCAAAGGCUAUCGCGAUGACAGUCUGGAGACGGUGAAGCGGAACGCACAGCAAUACGAUAUGCCUCUUGAAAUCGUUGGAUAUGACGAAUUAUAUGGCUGGACGAUGGACCAGGUCGUCGCGCAGGUCGGGAAGAAGGGAAACUGCACCUAUUGCGGAGUCUUUCGCCGUCAGGCUCUUGAUCGCGGGGCCGCGAGACUGGGCAUCAAGCAUGUGGUCACCGGACAUAAUGCAGACGAUGUGGCGGAGACGGUGAUGAUGAAUCUUCUCCGAGGAGACCUGCCUCGUCUGUCGAGAGGGACGAGCAUCGUUACGGAUUCAGAUGCCUCCGAGAUCAAACGGAGCAAGCCACUUAAGUACGCUUACGAGAAGGAGAUCGUCCUCUACGCGCAUCACAAGAAGCUAGACUAUUUUAGCACCGAGUGCAUCUAUUCACCGGAGGCUUUCAGAGGUAGUGCUCGGACCCUGAUCAAGGAUUUGGAGAAGAUCCGCCCUAGUUCCAUUCUCGACAUCGUUCGGAGUGGCGAGGAUAUGGCUCUACUUGUUCCGCCGGAGGUAGCUGGGACGCGGAAGUGCAUGUCUGGUUCUGCUGCAUCUGCGGAAGCAGAUGAUUACUCUACUGGUGGCUGUGGAAGUCAGAAUGGACGAUCCAGCGGUGGCGAGAUGGCAGAGAUGGAGAAGCAGCUGGCUGCAGAUGAGGCGGCGCGUGAGAACGAGACUGAAAUCACAUUACCGCCAGUGAAUCGGCCGUCUACUGCCGCUGUUCCGCUGAAGAAGAGGGCUACUGGGACAAAGGCCAAGGGUGUAAAGCCUUUGAAGUUGCAGAAAAUGGGCAAAUGUGAGCGAUGUGGGUAUCUUUCGAGUCAGAAGAUUUGCAAGGCUUGUGCGCUCCUGGAAGGUCUCAACAAGAAUCGGCCCAAGACCUCGAUCGAAUUGACCGUUGGGGUUGAGGACGAGGAGAGCAGCACGACUCUCAUGAGACAAAUGGAAAGCAUCGAGCUUACUAGUGGAUGAUUCCUGCCUGCAAGAUGACGGGCUAUAUUUGGAAAGAAUUAUUCACAUUUAUAAAAGGGCUGCGGGAGACAAGGGAACGUCUAGGACAGCAGGAGUUCAUACAACCCAUGCAAAGAAUUCUCCUUGCAGUACCUAAAGGCAAGGUGCUCGCAGUCCCUCCAGGGUACAUCUAGCAGGUCGAGUUGGGCCCCGACUGGAGUAUGAGUACAGCUCAGUUUCUCCUGGAAACGGAUCCAAGAUUGUGCCUAUAUCGCUUUAGAGCAGUGCAAUAUCUGAGAUCAAGGCCUCGAGCUGUCCGGUCUCUAUAUUCUCAGAUGCCAUCCCGACAGCAAAUGUGGUGGACAGCUUCAAUACAGAGCCCGCAUCAUG